UUCAAGGGAUACUAGUUAGUUUGAAUUUGCGAUACGGCACCGGCAUAUAAGCAACGCUUCCGCACAAUACCCAGACGUCAAAUUCUUUGAAACAAUGGCUCCCGAGGGUGUUGCUGUUGGCGCUGCCAUGAUUCCGGUGCUGGUGGGAGGCGUUCUGGGAGCUGGCAUUGGCACGAUGCUCCUCUACGGAGGCGCCAUUGAGGCCGGCGAGGCUGAGAACAUCUUCGCGGAGGAGGGCGAUGCCAAGCCCGCCGUCGCACACAGCGCCCACGAGGGCCUGAAGCAGGAGACCCAGGUCAAGCUGGCUGCUGCCUCUGCCUACGAGCGCCGCAAGGUGCCCAGCCGUGGCUUCGCUGCCAUGUUCCUCUAAGCAGGAGAGGCAUGUGUGAUUGGGAUCAAACGUUUAAGCACAACGGACAACAGCCAUGCUUAUGAUGACAGCAUGAUGAGCUGACCGACUGGCGAGCUGGUGCGCGGUUUGAUUGGACGAGAGGAAGGAUGGGCUGGGUGCAGGCUUCUGGAGGCUUCUGGUUAAGUGUAUGUGGAGUUUGGGAGCAUAGCGUAGAUUUGCUGGUAUUGGAGUAGUGAAGCAGUGGCAAUCCACAGGGGGUGGGCACCUUGAGGCUGCCUUAGACCUGGGUUGACGUGGUGCCAUUUGGGUGCGCAAGGAAGGGUGUUUGUAAUGCUUUGCAACACGCAUGCCGCCGUCCGCCAAUUUGCCAAUGGGACUGAUCA